GCUGCGCAAGCGCAGGCAGGGCUUCUUGCUGGGAGCAGGGCUGCCUGGCCAUGCUCUGGGCACUCUGGCCAAGGUGGCUGACAGGCAAGGGACUGCCCCUCCUAGGUGCGGUGCUUCUGAGGAAGAGAGAGAAAAGAGGACCUCAGUGGAAGCCGUGGCGGUCCUUUCAGCAGGAGACCCAUCCGUACUACGACCUCCAGGUGAAGGUGCUGAGGGCCAGAAACAUCCGGGGCACAGACCUGCUGUCCAAAGCUGACUGCUAUGUGCAACUGUGGCUGCCCACGGCAUCCCCCAGCCCCGUCCAGACAAGGGUGGUGGCCAACUGCAGUGACCCCGAGUGGAAUGAGACCUUCUACUUCCGGAUCCACGGCGCUGUGAAGAAUAUCCUGGAGCUUACCCUCUAUGACAAGGAUGUUCUGGGCAGUGACCAGCUCUCCCUGCUGCUGUUUGACCUGAAGAGCCUCAAGCCUGGCCAACCCCACAGACACACCUUCCCACUCAGCCAGCAGGAUUCCCAAGAGCUGCAGGUGGAAUUUGUUUUGGAGAACAGCCAGGUGCCCGCAUCUGAAGUUAUCACCAAUGGGGUUCUGGUGGCUCACCCCUGUCUGAGAAUCCAGGGCACCCUCGGGGGAGAAGGGACAGCCCCCCAUCAAGGCUAUGGCGCUAGGCAGAUUCGGGUGGCAGUGCCUGGGGCCUCUGAGAAGCCUCAGCUCUUGCCUCUGCAGCCUCCAGGGGAGGCAGGCCUCCCAGCCACGUUUACCUUCCAUGUGAAUGCAGCGCUCAGCUCCAGGCUGGAUGUGGAGCUGGGAGAGACGCUCACAGUCCUACAGAGUGGCCCGAGUGCUGAGCUGGAGGCCCAGACGAGCCUGCUGGGUCAGGGGAACAUCCUGCUCUCCUCUCUGGCCCUGGGCCAGGAGCAGCAGCACAUCGUGGCCCUGGGGGAGGGCCAGGAGGUGGCUGUGAAUGUGAAGGCAGAAAUGAGCUCUGGGGACCUUGACCUGCGUCUCGGCUUUGACCUCUGUGAUGGUGAACAGAAAUUUCUGGACAAGAGGAAGCAGAUCGUGUCCAAGGCCCUACAGCAGGUGCUGGGGUUGAGCCAGGCUCCUGACAGUAGCCAGGUCCCUGUGGUGGCUGUGCUGGGUUCAGGAGGUGGAACCCGAGCCAUGACUUCCCUCUACGGCAGCCUGGCAGGGCUACAGGAGCUUGGCCUCCUGGACACUGUGACCUACCUCAGUGGGGUCUCGGGGUCCACCUGGUGCAUCUCCACACUCUACAAGGACCCCGCCUGGUCUCAGGUAGCCUUGCAGGGCCCCAUCAAAUGUGCCCAGGCUCGGGUCUGCAGCAGUAAGAUGGGGGCGAUGUCCACAGAGCGUCUGCAGUACUACGCCCAGGAACUUGGGAUCCGGGAGAGCUGUGGCCAUAGCAUUUCCCUCAUUGACCUCUGGGGCCUUCUCAUUGAGUACUUCCUGUGCCAGCAGGAAGAUCCUGCCAAGCUGUCUGACCAGCAGGAGGCCAUCAGCCAGGGCCAGAACCCUUACCCCAUCUACGCCAGCAUCAACGUCCGUACCAACAUCAGUGGGGAAGACUUUGCAGAGUGGUGCGAGUUCACCCCCCAUGAGGUCGGCUUCCCCAAGUAUGGUGCUUAUGUUCCCACGGAGCUCUUUGGCUCAGAGUUCUUCAUGGGCCGACUGCUGCAGCUUCGGCCGGAGCCCAGGCUCUGCUACCUGCAGGGUAUAUGGGGCAGCGCCUUUGCAGCCAGCCUGGAUGAGAUCUUCCUGAAGAUCGCUGGCUCAGGCCUUGGCUUCCUAGACUGGCAUAGAGGCAGCCUAAACAUCACGGACGACUGCCAGAAGCUCCAGCUACACGACCCCACACGGCUGCGAACCAGGCUCUUCACCCCCCAGGGGCCCUUCUCCCAGGCUGUGCUGGACAUAUUCACCUCCCGCUUUACCGCAGCCGAGAACUUGAACUUCACUCGGGGCCUCUGCCUGCACAAGGACUAUGUGGCUGGCAAGGAGUUUGUGGCCUGGAAAGAUACGCACCUGGAUGCCUUCCCCAACCAGCUCACUCCCAUGCGAGACCAGCUGUACCUGGUAGAUGGAGGCUUUGCCAUCAACUCUCCCUUCCCACUGAGCCUGCAGCCGCAGAGAGCCGUGGACCUCAUUCUGUCCUUUGACUACUCCCUGGACGCCCCUUUUGAGGUCUUACAGAAGACAGAGCAGUACUGCCUGGACCGAGGCAUCCCCUUCCCCAAGAUUGAGGUGCGGCCUGAGGACUUGAAGGAACCCCAGGAGUGCUACCUGUUUGCCAAGGCAGGGGACCCGUGCUCACCCAUCGUGCUGCAUUUCCCCCUGGUCAACCAUACCUUCCGCACGCACCUGGCCCCAGGUGUGGAGCGACAAACUGCUGAGGAGAAGGCCUGUGGGGACUUUGUCAUCAGCGGGCCUGACACCCCCUACAGCAUGAUGAACUUCACCUAUGAGCCCCAGGAGUUUGAGCGGCUGGUGGCCCUGAGUCGAUACAACGUUCUGAACAAUGUGGAGACCUUGAAGCAGGCCCUCCGACUGGCUCUGGACCGGCGACAGGCUGCGGACAGGGCUGGAGGCUGACUCAGGCUGCAGCUGUGACAGAGAGGAAGGACUGUGGGCUCCAGACCAGGGCUAGGUUAGGGGGAGGGGUGGGAACCCUCUGGGGCUCCUGCUUCCCAUCUUGUCGGGCCUUGGGAAUCUCCUGCAGGAGUGCAGCCUGGACCUGGGGCAGGGAUCUUCUCCCACGGGUUUCUGGAAGGAGAGGCUCUCUCCAGGGGCUCUUGGGAAGGUCAGGCAAAGGUGAACAGGGCUCAUGUGAUGUUGGAGUGUGUAAGGGAAAUGGGGCAACUGUCCAGCCUAGGGUCCACCCCAAACACAGAAAGACCUCAGAGGACCCAGGUCUCCAGAUCCUCAACAGAAUGGGCGCCGUGAGAGCUGAGGUGCAGGUUACCCUUCUUAACCGAGACCAGAAGCAAAGACGAAUCCAUCCAAUCCACACUUUCUGCAAAUGGCCCCAGCCCUGACCAUCUUCUGCUCACCCCACUCCUGGAUUCAGUGCUAAGGCCUAUCAGGAACGAAGGGGGACCACAUGGGUUGCCAUUCUGGGUCACUAACUCCCCGGUCCUGCCUGCUAACUCCCCUUCGCCUCUGGCUUCCCUGUCCCUGGUCACAGCUCCCCACCCUUCUCUGCUCAGCCUCCAGGAGGCUGUGGGAUGAUAACCUGCCCUGCUGGCCUCCAGCUCCUGGGUCCCCCUGCUAAUGAUUCAUCUUCGCUCUCUACGCUUGCCAUUCUCUUGUCAUACAGCUGCCACCUCGUGCAAAUGGUCUCACCAUUCCCAGAAGCUAAAUGUCUGAGGGCAUAUUCAUUUAUCAGAGGCUGAGUGGAUGUGAGCAAGCAUGUCUGUGUCCUUCCUAGUCGGGGUGGCUGGUGAGUGCCUGUCAGCUGCCAGGGAUGGGCAGAAGUGGAGGGACCCUGGCUGGGAACGCUGGGGCCUGGGUUCCCGCCUUUUUCUUUUGUUAAUGGCCACAUCCGAGGCUUAUGGAAGUUCCCGGG